AUGAAAAAGCCGUAUAGCCGACCACAGACAUCUCAAGGUCCCACUUGCUACCAUUGUGGCAGACCCCACCUGAAGAGGAAUUGUCCUCAACUGGCAGGUAGAGUGGGAGGGUCAGGCGACCGUCGCAAGUGCUUUAUAUGCGUCAAACCGGGACACUUCACCAACAAUUGCCAAGAAAAGAAGAGUCCUGGCGCGAAGAAACCAGCAACAUUGCUAGCAGAGCGAGCUAGAGUAGCUGGCAGAGUCUUUGCCCUAACCACCACCGAGGCUACACAAUCGGGUAAUCUUAUUCUUGAACCUUGUGUAUUGUUUGGUAAAGUAGUAUUGGUGUUGUUUGAUUCCGGAGCAACACAUUCCUUUAUUUCUGAUGCAUGUGUGUCAAAACUGAGCUUGGAGAAACGUGACUUGGAUUGUGAGUUGUUGGUUUCAACCCCAUCUUUGGGUCAUGUGGCUACUAGUUCAGUCUGUGUAGGUUGUUUAAUGGAAGUGGCGGGCCGCAAGUUCAAAGUGAAUCUCAUUUGCUUGCUAUUGGAGGGCUUGGAUGUAAUUCUAGGAAUGGAUUGGUUGUCAGGCAAUCACGUUGUUAUUGAUUGCGGACGUCGCAGUGUGAUUUUUCCAGAGACUUUGGGGCUAGAGUUGAUAUCAGCUCAAAAGGCGAUUAUAGAGGUUGAAGCUGGAGCUACUUGUUUCAUGAUAGUGGCUUAA